GGAACGGUGCGCGCUGAUUGGUCGAGGCUGCUCCCGCUCCACCAAUCACCAGCCACACUUGCCAGCCUCACCAAAUUUGAAGUAGAGUUGCCCCGCAAGAUUUCAACAUCUAGCAAAAUAAUCAAUUGCAAAGUGCAACUUUAGGCGUCGGCGUGGGUCGGGAGGCGUAACAAGGUAUAGUAGAGACUGAACAAUGGCCUCACGUCCAAACACCCGAGGCUUAACAGUCACCUCACGUCCAGCCACCCGGGGCUUAGCAACUCGAACUCAGGGCAUUAAGGCUGUACAAGGUGUGAAGAUUCAUAAUGAAAACUCCAUCCGCCCACCUGUCCUAGGAAAACCCAGCUCCAGCUUCCUCCGUGAUACUACGAACAAAGUGUUGGGGCUAAAACGUAAGGCUGAAGGUGCUCUUGAGGAACAGAAAAUCACAAAAAAGAGGUCUGCCUUUGGUGAUCUUACAAAUGCAAUUGAGAAGAAAAUAAAUGAUGGUAAGAAGGUUGCAGCACAGAAGGGAAGGCUGGUGCGUAAUGGGUCCACAGUAUCACUGCGCAAGGUGGCCAAGCCUUCUAUUAAAAAUCCAGUGCAGUCAUUAUCUAUGAAGAUAACUGUUCCCGAACUUCUUACAAUCAAGGUCGAAGAAGCAAAGGAGGUAUCAUUUUGUGACACACUUCCCAGUUCGCAAGACACUAUCUAUUCUCAGGAGACCAACAAGACAGAUCUCGACGACUCUGCUGGAUAUGUGACAGCAUCUGAGGAAAGGUACAAAAUACCCAAAGCUUCCCUUCACUCUACUGCUGUGGAAAUUAGUAGUGUCCCCGUGAUAACAAGAUCCCCGGUAAAACAAGUGGUGGAUGACAAGCCUCAGUUGCCAGAAGGUGUGGCAGAUUAUGACAAGGAGAUGGAAAGUGACCCUUUUGCUAUGGCUCUUUAUGCUCGUGACAUUUUUAAUUACUACAAAGAGAGAGAGAAUAAAUUUCCAAUCGACAAGUACAUUGAUCGACAACCAGACGUAUCUCGAAGCAUGAGAUCAAUCUUGGUUGAUUGGAUGGUUGAAGUUCAGGAAUCAUUUGAAUUGAAUCAUGAGACCCUCUACCUUGCUGUAAAAUUAGUGGAUCUGUAUCUGGCUAAAGUUGUAAUUAAACGUGAUGUCCUACAACUAAUUGGUUCUACAGCCAUGUUUAUUGCUUGUAAAUUUGACGAAAGAACCCCUCCAUAUGUUGAUGACUUCCUAUAUAUAUGUGAUGAUGCCUAUAAAAGGAAGGAACUGCUUUCUAUGGAGAUAAAGAUUCUUAAAGUGAUUGGUUUUGACUUAGGAAUCCCUCUGUCCUAUAGAUUCCUCCGGAGGUAUGCCAGGUGUGCCAAGGUGAACAUGGAAGACCUUACUUUCACUCGUUAUAUCCUAGAGAUGGGGCUAAUGGAUUAUGAACUGAUAGAUUCUUCAGAUUCUGCUCUUGCAGCUGCUGCUCUUUUCCUGUCUCGAAUCAUUAAAGGCGAGCCCACGUGGACCCCCACGCUUCAGUAUUACUCAGGAUAUACAAUGGAGGACCUGUACCAUCUUGUACACCUUCUCCAUAAUAUGAUUAGCCAGCCACCCAAAGAACACCUCAAAACUAUCAGGAAUAAAUAUUCUCACAAAGUGUUCUAUGAAGUGGCUAAAAUCCCCAUCCCAGAGAAGAUAGUAUUCUAAGGCUAGAAUUAUGGAAGGUGCAGACGAUUUUCGUGUACAAAUAUUUAUAGAUGAAUCAGUGAUUACACUGCCAGGCUUUAAGCCAUAUUGUUGUGUCCUCAUUACCUUGGGUGGUCCUGAACCAUACAAGACAUUUUAGUGAUCAUAAGUACAGAUUUUAUAUUUUAAGUGUUCAUUUUCACUCUGGCAUGCUGUCCCAACUUUUAAGUUAAGCUAUUAGAUGAUUAAUCAAAAGAUGCAUAUCAUUUUAAAAACCGUUCCUUGUACAAAUUCUUUGUACUGUUCUGUUUUAUACACAUUGUUGGCAACUUGAGUGAAUAUUGUAGAUAUACUGUACAUAUAUCUUGUGUAGUUUAGGUAUAUUAUAAGGAGAUUUUAAAACAAAUGCUCAUUUUUUCCAAUAAUUUGUUCUUCACUGCUCCUGAAUUAGAUCUAAAAUUUCUUUAGUGUAUGACUAUUUCCAAAGACUAUAAUCAAUGUAUUUUUUAUGCAUCAAGUUCAUGGAUUAAAAAUGUAAAAAAAAAAGAA